AUCUUAUUACUCAGCUGUUUUGUUGGCUUUAUUUGUUUCUUUGUGUUCCACUGCAUAGAGCCAGUACGGCCAAAGCCCAUUAAAAGUUUUUAUUACGAAGACUGAGAAUGAAUAGAAUAGCGCGUCUGUUAUAUUGUCAUUCAAGGACGUUCACUUCAAGCAACGUGUUGAGCAGAAUUAUCAACAUCAAAAACAAUGAUGAAUUCCUCUCGAAAGUGAUGCACUCCGACAACCCAGUCAUUGUUAAUUUCCACGCUGAAUGGUGCGAACCUUGUCACAUCCUAACCCCAAAAAUGAAAGAACUUAUCGAACCUAAGGACAAUAUCGAUCUAGCCAUAGUGGAUGUAGAACAUAAUGCAGAACUGGUGCAUACUUUCGAAGUGAAAGCUGUACCGGCAGUGAUUGCUGUGCGAGACGGACUGGUAGUUGAUAAGUUCAUUGGUUUGGUGGACGCUAACAUGAUAGAAAGUCUGAUAAAUAAACUGGACAAAAAACUGUGAACAGUUUCAUAUAUUGUUAUGAAUUUGAAUGUAUUUAUAUCAGUUGAAUGAUAAAUAAAAUUCUCAAACAAUC